AUGCUUACUUCCCACUUACGUACUGUCAAAUCAAUUUUCCAAAAAUUGUGGUGUAGAGUGAAUAAUUGCCGAUUAACGUUAUCUCCGGCGGAAAUGUCAAGUAUGAAACCCCUAAUUGUCAUUUUGGGUUGUACAGGAACCGGUAAAAGUGAUUUAGGCAUUGCAGUGGCGAAGAACUUUAAUGGUGAAGUAAUCAGUGCCGAUUCAAUGCAAAUUUAUAAGGGCUUGGAUAUUGCUACAAAUAAAGUGUCACAGGAAGACAUGAAUGGCGUGAAGCAUCAUAUGAUGAGCUUUGUUGAACCUUCCACCUCUACAUAUAAUGUACACGAAUUUACUAGCAGAGUACUGAUUUUAUUAGAAGAUCUUUGGCGUGCUGGCAAGCUGCCUGUUAUUGUUGGCGGUACGGGGUAUUAUAUUGAAGGGAUUUUGUUCAAAGAUAGUUUGAUAUCAACUAACACAUUCGAUGCUAAGAAUGAUUUCGAAGAUCUCUCAGAUGAUGAAGUUUAUGAAUUAUUGAAACAUGUCGAUUUGGAAUCUGCGAUGCAAGUGCAUAAGAACAAUCGUUUUCGCGUUGUUCGUGCUUUGCAAAUUUAUUACGCAACAGGACAGCGUAAAAGUGAGUAUUUGGAAGAGCAGCAUCGAAGGACAGAAGUAGACGAAAGGCUGCGUUUUAGAAAUGUGUUAUUAUUUAUUUUGGAUGCUCAUAAGGAAUUGUUGGAAAAACGGCUUAAUGAAAGAGUCGCAAAAAUGAUUGAAAAAGGAUUAAGGAGAGAAGUUGAAAAUUUUUAUGAACAGUACCGUCAUUGUCUCACAGCUCAUGGAGUAUCUCAGUCAAUUGCGAUAAAGGAAUUCCAUGAUUAUCUACAGCUAACUCCGGAUGAACGGUACACGGAAUUGGGUGAUAAACUGUUCAGCGAAGGUUGUGAAGCUCUGAAAUUGCAUACACGGCAGUAUUCACGAAGGCAACGGCGAUGGAUUAAACAGCAUUUGCUCGGAGGAGGUACUUUAACUGAGUCAACCAAUAUAGCAUUUUUGGAUACCUCGGAGAAUUUUUAUGAUGUCGUAGUGCCUAAUGGAUUGAAUAGAAUCGAAAAGUUCCUAAGCGUUAUUAAUGACGAUGUUUUUCUCAAGCGAAUCAAUGCAGAAAAAGCAAAACCCUUCACAGUUGAUUUUAACUACAGGAAACUGGCGAACCAAAUUUAUCGCUGUGAAACAUGUAAAAUUGAUGUGCACGGAACGAUCAACUGGGAAGCUCACUUGAAAGGCAGAAAGCAUCGGAGAAUGCUUAAUAAAAAAGGAAAUGAAUCACAAGCACAUGAAUAA